AAGGAAAAGGAAGUAAGCGUGUGUUGAUUUCCAGUCACAUUUUCUCAGGUUUUGGUGUUUUUCCCACGAGACAGAAGGACUGUAGAGGUUGUGACGUUUCUAAAGAGAAGUCCGCUGAUUUACUAAUGGAGGAAGCAUUUGUUGGAGCCACCAUUCCUCGGGAUCUGGGGAAGAUUGUCGGUGUUGAGUCUAAGACCAGAUUUAAAGCAGAGGCCUUCACCAAGGCGUUCCUGAAGAACAGCCUCAAACAGCCCUGGAAACAUGACCUGAAGAGCAUGCUGAGCCACAAAGCUGUGCUUCUGGACUACGCCAGGCCCAAGAAGGACAAAUCCAAGAGGAAGAAAAAGGCGGCCAAAGGGCUGAACGCUCGGCAGAAAAAAGAGAUGAAGAUCUUCCAGAUAAAACCGGAGCACCAGAGAUAUGAGCUUUUCCUGCCUCUGCAUGAGCUGUGGAGACAGUACAUGAUCGAUCUGUGUGGUGGAUUGGGUCCAAUGAGCAGUCCACAGUCUGUGCAGCAGAAACUUGUGAAGGCAGACUUCCAUGGUGCCAUCCUCACCGUGAUCCGCUCUAAAUGUCCGUCAUACGUGGGAACGACGGGGAUUCUAGUCCAAGAAUUCAAACAUGUUUUUAAAUUAAUCACCAAAGAAGACAGACUGAAAGUGAUCCCCAAGAGGAACUGCGUGUUUGAAGUGGAAAUAAACGGCUUCGUCUCUCACCUCUACGGAAACAAAUUUGAGCAGCGAGCUGGCGAUCGCUCUGCCAAGAAAAUGAAAGUCAGAGGAAGCAUCGACCUGUGAAGGCACCAAGGACCACUACAGUGUGUGUUCAGCGUAUCAACAAAAGAGAGAGAGGUGUUUUACUCAUGUUUACUGUCCUUCAUAGUUCUCAGGUGACCCCACACAUUCAUGGACAGGCUUCUGACUGCUGUAGACUGUGGAGCUGAUGGUCUCUGUGACCACCCACACGUUUCAGUCAGUUUUAUUUAUUUAUUGUAUUUUAAGAAUGACAGAAAGUUUUAGGUCCGGUGGAUGUACUAACUGUUAAAAGGAACCCUGCAUGAUCAGUCAAGUUGUUCAUCUUGUUCUUCUGUUGUUAGGUGAUGCAGCUUCAGCGGAGAGCUGUCAACAUGAGUCUGCUCAACAUUUCUGCCCUUAAAUAGGGAAGGUUUUUGUCACCAUAGUAACGGGGCUAACGGAAGCACUGCUGUGCUCAUGAUGAUUAACACUGGUCUAUUAAAAUAGACCUGCCCUCUUUGUAAAGUGUCAUGAGACAACUUUGGUUACAAAUUGGUGCUAUAUAAAUGCAGAUUGAUUAAUUGGUUGAUUUAUUGAUUGAUUGACUGAUUGAGUCAGUUGAUCAGUGGUGGCUGCUACUGUCGUAAGCACUUCUUCCCUAAAUCGGUCACAUAACUGAUGGUGUGAAUAGCAGCUUCAGAAAUGAACAACAAGAAAACUUUUGUUCCACUUAUUCAUUCAGUUUUCUCUCUCUCUGCAUUCUGGGGUCCAGGGGAGUUUUAUAAAGAUUGAAAUAUUUGGAUGAUCAAAGAUGAAAUUUAAAAAAAUCUGAGCCUUUUGUUUUGACAACAGUGAGAGAGCAGUAGUUUGGCAACCUUGGACAUGAUUUAAGAAACUGCUUUAAGUGAGAAAAAGGCAGGAAGUAGUUUCCUCAUAGUCUCACAAGACUUUUCUCUCACGUACCUCACACACCCCACAAUAGAGACUGAUUCUGUUUAACAGAGAAGAGAGCCUGAGGCAGUGAUGUAACUCAGGUGGAUGCAGUUUAUUGAUUUUUUCAUUGUUUAUUUUUUUGGAGUCUGAGCCUAUAAACUGUCUGUACAUUGAUAUUUUUUAUGCCUUCAUUUGUUUGUACAGGAUUGCUGAUGUUUUCAGUGAAUGUUCCUUUAGCAGCACUAUGUGCUGGUGGUUAAUAAAUUGAUUUUUUGAGUGAA